AUGUAUCGCUUCCAGUUCUUUUUGCUCCUUCUUUUGCCAUGGAUGGCUUCGGCUGGUCCGAUAUCUCGCUUGCUAUCUCAGCCAUUGGAGGCACCUGAGCCGACUUCUUCUCCCCUAUCGCCGGAUAUCGAACGGCGUGAAGCUGGCGGUAUCACCGAAAUCACGCCUGUUGCGGGACCUAUUUCGGCGCCUACCCAGAUACCGUUUACGUACGACGAGCCAAUAAAGCCAGUUACAUCACAUGCGUCAACAACGACUCAAAAGCCAACGACCUCUCAGAAGCCAACGACCUCUCAGAAGCCAACGACCUCUCAGAAGCCAACAACGACUCAGAAGCCAACGACGACUCAAAAGCCAACGACCUCUCAGAAACCAACAGCGACUCAGAAGCCAACGACGACUCAUAAGCCCACCACCACUCAGAAGCCAACGACGACUCAGAAGCCAACCACCACCUCUCAUUCGUCCACUGCGAGUCGGGUAUUCGUGAACUGGUCCACAUCCACAAACCCAGGAGUGCUGCGUUCAACUAGUUUCUUACCUGUCUAUAUAGUCCCUAUGUAUAUGUCAAACACAGCACCCUCCCUCGAUCCCUUGGUGAUACCGAGCGCAAUCCAAUCUUCAUCGACUAGGCUUCUAGGUGGAGCAAACGGCAUAAGAGCUGCCACGACCGCACAGCCAAUCUCGCCCCCUACGACCAUACAGCCAUCGAUAGUACCAGUGCCCGCAGUUCCCACAACUAGCAACCCAGCUCUGGGUGCUAUUGCACCUCCAGGAGGAGCAAGCAGUAGGAAUUCUUCCACACCCACACCCAUGAUCCCGGCCUCCAAUCCCAUCCACCUAGCGCAUUCUACGCAGGCAAAAUCUACACUAGUACAGCCUCCCACGUCAGGAUCCAAGCCAGUUGUGACCGUAACCGAGCCUGUGAUCGUCUAUGUGACUAAAGGAGCAUCAAGUCCCUUUUCGACAAGCGUUGUUCACCAUGCAGCCAGUGUCAACAACUCAACAGUGUCGUCGGCAAAACCGUCUGUUGAACCAACAACUACGUCUUUGAAAUUUGUGACCAUCCAUUCCACUGCAACGUCGGUCGUUCAGGUUACUGUUUACCUAACAUCAUCACCUGCUUCUUCGGUCUUGCUGGCCCCAACUGGGAGCGCUCCGGGUGUGAAUGCAGCGCCUAUAGAAACCGGCCGUGUCAAUGCAACUUCAGGUGUACCUUUGUCCGUCAAGUCGACAGCACCAUCGCUUCCUUCUUCGUCUUUGUUGUUGUUGUCCUCCUCAGGAGAGAUUGCUCCUGUGGUGACAGCUCACGUCACUUCCACGAGUGUUGUUCCUCUUACAGUUUACCCAACUACUUCGUUAUCUUCUUCCCUGUCUUUGUUGUUGCCGUCCUCAGGCGAGCUUGCUUCUACAGCGACAGUCCAUGUCACUUCUACAAGUGUUGUUCCAGUGACAGUCUACUCAACAACAUCGUCAUCUCCUUUGUUGCCGUCCAGUGAAAUUGCUUCUACAGUGACAGUCCGUGUCACUUCCACAAGUGUUGUUUUAGUAACUGUUUAUUCGACAACGUCGUCAUCUCCUCCGUUGUCGCCGUCCUUAAGUGAGACUGUUCCACGCGAGACAACCCCUAAAGUGACAGCACAGGUCACUUCCACGAAGACCCUUCCCGUUCAUGGGUCGACUGCUACACGAUCGGCGGAAACUACACAUGCAGCAGAUCCCCCGUCUAUCGCGGAUGCCGAUCUCGCUACCACGAUAUCCAAACCAGGCAAAGGAAUACUUACUGUGAAUCCGAUUACGCCGUUUGGCUUUGUCACAAUCACUGAGACUGAGACCGAGGCAAAGACUACGACGGUGACAGAUCGCGUCACUGAGACUGUUACUGCCACUGUUACUCGGGAUUAA